CAUUCCAGGGUACAACUAUAAGAAAGUCCAGAUGAUGAACAUUUCGGCUAGCAGUGCCUUCAUCAGCAUACAGAUUUAUUAAUAUUUAAUUAAUACACUGAAGAGGGUACUAACCAAAAUGUUUUUCUACUUGACUUCGUUUUAUCUUCUGUUGUUGUGUUUUGAAGUUAUGGAGGGAUCAGUGGCCUGGUAAAACCACCAUGAUGCUAAAGUAUUGUCUGGUUUAAUUUAUUUUUUGGAGAGGGCACUCUUGAAAUACCAGCACAUGAUUUACACAGAGAGUAAGAACAGUAAUGUUUUAUAUAUUUAGGUCUUCUCUGUACUAAAUCUCUUCUAAUGGUGUUAUACAAAAUGUACAGGCGAUGGAGUGAUUUGCUUCUGUGGUAUGAUGUUUAUGUUCAGCUGCAAGUUAUUUAAAACAAUUUUGUAUUAUGUAAUUCUUACGUAAGUCAACACUACAGAAACAGUUUGUACUUUAGAGAAACAAUCCUUUAAAAAAUACAUUUGCAGCUCUACCCAUUCAAUUCCAUUGCUAAAUAAAUAAAAAAAAUAAAGUGCAAUUGGCAGGAAAUGUAAUUUGCAUCCACUGGAACAGAAAAUAAACUCAAUCUAAAGAAGGUUAACUGUGAUGAAUUAUACCCACACAAAGUUUCUGUUUUAAUAGUUAAAUGUAUACUGAAGGUACAACAUUAUGAAUCUACCAGUUGUCCAUCUUUGGUCCAAUCAUCUCAAAAAUCUAAUCGGAACACCUUUUUUAUAUGAAGGAUUAUCACUCUGUAAAAUGUAAAAUAAAUUCUUUCAGGCAUUUAGGAGCAACCAUGGUAUUGAAAAAAGAUGGUUGCCAUACACUCAUUGGAUAUGAGCUCAAAGUCAAGGCCAUUCAACAGGUUCAGCAGUGAUGGUUGUUUAAACCUUCCUAGUUUUAAGUCAAUACAACAACUAGUCCCUGGGUUCCAGAGAUUGCUCUUGGGACUGCUCCCUGUGAAAACUUCUUGUAUUGGUUAUUGCUGUCCUAUUUCUGUCCUUUUAGCAGCUGACCACUUACUGAACUGCUGCAUGUGAGUUUGUAGUGCUGUCCCCUACUGUAUGUCACACAUGUAAUAAUGACACCCCACAGUUAUCUCAUGCCACUGUGUAACGCCUGCUGCUUCCCUCUGCAGGUUUACCACGUGUCUGUCUUUCUAUACAAUCCUCAACGAGCUCAACGACUAUGCAGGGCAGCGGGAGGUGGUGGCGGAGGAGAUGGGGCGCCGAGUGUAUGGGGAGCUCAUGCGCUACACUCAUGAGCUCAAGUCAGAAAGGAAAGUCCAUCUUCAGGAGGGAAGGAAAGCCCAACAGUAUCUCGAUCAGUGCUGGAAACAGAUGGAUAAUAGUAAGAAAAAGUUUGAAAGAGAGUGCCGAGAAACCGAAAAGGCACAGUUAGGCUAUGAAAAAAUAGACAAUGACCCCAAUGCAACCAAAGCUGAUGUGGAGAAGGCUAAGGCGCAGCUACACCUACGAACACAUAUGGCUGACGAGAGUAAAAAUGAGUACGCGGCCCAACUGCAGAACUUUAACGGGGAGCAACACAAACAUUUUUAUUCCGCGAUUCCAAUAAUAUUUAAGAAUUUACAGGACAUGGAUGAAAGGAGGACCUUGAAGCUGAGUGAGAGUUACAAAGGUUUUGCAGAUGUGGAGCGCAAAGUUAUUCCCAUCAUUUCAAAGUGUCUGGAAGGGAUGGUGGUUGCAGCAAAAUCAGUGGAUGAAAGAAGAGAUUCCCAGAUUGUGGUAGAAUCCUUUAAAUCUGGGUUUGAACCUCCAGUAGACUUCCCGUUCGAGGACUUCAGUCAGAAUAUCUACAGGACUGUUUCUGAAGGGACCAUAAGCACACCCAAGACAGACUCCACCAAGGCCGACCCCAAACACACCGUUGGGAAAGCCAAGGGCAAGCUGUGGCUGUUUGGAAAGAAACCGAAGGGUCCAGCGGUAGAAGAUUUUAGCCACCUGCCUCCUGAGCAGCGACGCAAGAAGCUUCAGCAGAGGAUUGAUGAGCUCAGCAGAGAACUGCAGAAAGAAGUGGACCAGAGAGAUGCACUGAACAAAAUGAAAGACGUCUAUGAAAAGAAUCCACAGAUGGGUGACCCAGGAAGUUUGCAACCCAAAAUCGCAGAGACGAUGAACAACAUGGAACGUCUCCGCAUGGAGAUCCAGAAGAACGAGGCAUGGCUCACUGAAGUUGAAGGAAAACCAGGAGUUAGAGGUGACCGGCGACCCAGUGCAGACGUUAAUCACCAUCACCACACUCCACAUGGAAGAGAGAGUCCUGAAGGCAGCUACAAUGAGGAUGCUCCCCAAGAGAACAGGGGACCCCCUCAGCCGGACCCUCAUGAGUUUGAUGACGAAUUUGAUGACGAUGACCCACUGCCUGCAGUUGGACACUGCAAAGCACUCUAUUCAUUUGAUGGUCAGAACGAAGGCACUCUGGCUAUGGUCGAAGGGGAGGUUAUGUACAUCAUUGAGGAAGACAAAGGAGACGGCUGGACACGAGCCAGAAAGCAGAACGGCGAGGAGGGCUAUGUGCCAACAUCUUAUGUAGAUAUAGCACUUGAGAAAAACAGCAAAGGUGCGGUAACCUACAUAUAAACUCUGCAGACUCCACAGCAUGCUGAAGAGACGCUGAACUAAACGCUUUAACAAAGUGAAAUCCCACAGUUUUCGGUGUUCAUGAACCUUAUUUUCUUCUACACCAUGUGAGCUCCGUAGGGUAUUUAAAAAAAAAAAAAAAAAAAAAAAAAAGUCUCAUAGAAGUGCUCCUGUAAAGAAAUGUCAUAGCAGGAAACUGUUUGUUUGAAGUGUUGAACUCUUGACUUGAUUUCAGUUGCCUUGUAAUGGUUGUGAAUAUGUAUAUAAGGGACCAAGAUAUUUUUAUAUCUUUUAACAAUAAGAAGAAAAAAAAAACAAUUAAUUAUUUAAACCGAUAGGACUUGAUUACACUUGUUUUAAGUAAUGCAGUACAUUUUAAUCGAUUUUGAAUCAUGCAUGGCCACUGUUUUUUAAAAGAUCAAUAACUUCAGUUGUCCUAAGUUACUGGGAUUUGUUUUGGCAUUAAUCAAAUGGUAUUGAUUCUGAUAAAUGGGACGUUGUGUGUGUUUAUAUUUUUUAAUUUGUUUUGCUUUAAACCAGUUCGAUCAUACUUAGUUUGUCAUUCUUUUGUUGGUUUCCUGAUUGUCCUUAAGUGUAAGCUCUUUGUAAAAUUUUAUGACCACAUUUGUCAAUUUAAGAUUAUUUUAUACUGCACUGAUGACAUUAAACAGCUGGUUGCAGAGAUGAUAUCCCAUAAUGCUUCAAACAGUUUUACCUCUAUGUGUUAGUUCAGAAAUGUAUUAUUUAGUGGCAGCGGGUCCCCUGACACUUCUGGAAAUGGGCUUUCAUGUUUUUUUUAUUGCUUCCUUCGGUGUAGCUGACCCAACAGCUUCUCGUUCUUCUUGGGGGGAAGUAAUUGUGUCUCUUUCUUUCCUCUUGGACUGCAGGUUCCUGAAUGGAUUUGUGGGUUUCUGAAACAGUCAGCGAGACAUUCAAGGAAGGUUACAUGCAGCUGCUUAUCUCUGGGGUGGGGACUUAGGUAUUAGGAGGCCAAGAGGUAUAAAAGCAGGUCGUACGUUUGCAUGCAGGCAUCAAUUUAUCAUUAACACGUAAGCACUGCCGUCAUAGCAUCAUAGUGGCAGCUUUCAUUGAACAUCUUUCCUUUUACUCAGAUGUGUGCAGCACCAAUGGACACUUUUGCGAGGCUGCAAUUUUUAAAGAGAAAGCCGAUCAUUUCAAAAUCUAAAGCUUUCCAAAGAAGUCUUUGACUGUUGCAGUUUGAAAAAGUGCCACUGUUGUGCUGGUCAUU